CCCUGGGCCAAUCUCCGCUUAGCUGUGGCCCACUAGCUCCGCCUCCGAGUUGCCCUGGGGACGGGACGCCGGGCUCCGCCCAGAGGUGAAGGGCGGCUCCGAACGCCAUGGAGGCGAGCAAGGGAAAACUUACUAUCCCCAAACCAAACCCUCCAGUUGUAGGUGAGGUGACCCAUCACAGCAUUCAGCUCUCUUGGAAUGUGGAAACUACAGAACAAAGAAAAAGACCCCAAGAACAAUGGCUAAAGAUAUCUAUUGAAGAAGAGGACCCCAAAUUACAUACUUAUGGUACCAUUUAUUCGGGAUACGGUAGACAACAUGUUGUGGAAAGUCUUGAGCCAAGAACAACCUACAGAUUUCGCCUGAAAGUCACACAUCCUACAGGGGAGUGGGCUUAUAGCCCAGCUAUCUCUGUAUCCACUACUAGAGAGCCAAUGAGCGGAGAACAACUUCAUAGAGCUGUCAGUAUGAAUGAUGUAGAAGGAGUUCUUAACAUUCUUCAGGGAGGGUGAGGAAAUACUCAGAUUAUAAAAUGUCUAUAGU